AUGAGCCUGGACCUCUGGAUUUCCAGUCCAGUGAUGUUACCACUAUGUCACAUCUCCCCACAAUGUAGUUUUACGGAGCAAGAUUUAUGUUACUGUUAUAACUUCAAUUGCGAGAUUGGAUUUUCAACACCUGUGGAGCUAAAAACAAAGAGGAGCUGGCUGAACCUGGAGCCCGACAAGAGACAGAAGCUCUCUAGCACGGAGCCAGACAUGAGACAGAAGCUCUCUAGCACAGAGCCAGACAUGAGACAGAAGCUAUCUAGCAUGGAGCCAGACGUGAGACAGAAGCUCUCUAGCAUGGAGCCAGACGUGAGACAGAAGCUCUCUAGCAUGGAGCCAGACGUGAGACAGAAGCUCUCUAGCAUGGAGCCAGACGUGAGACAGAAGCUCUCUAGCAUGGAGCCAGACGUGAGACAGAAGCUCUCUAGCAUGGAGCCAGACGUGAGACAGAAGCUCUCUAGCAUGGAGCCGGACGUGAGACAGAAGCUCUCUAGCAUGGAGCCAGACGUGAGACAGAAGCUCUCUAGCAUGGACCCAGACGUGAGACAGAAGCUCUCUAGCAUGGAACCCGACAAGAGACAGAAGCUCUCUAGCACGGAGCCAGACAUGAGACAGAAGCUCUCUAGCACAGAGCCAGACAUGAGACAGAAGCUAUCUAGCAUGGAGCCAGACGUGAGACAGAAGCUCUCUAGCAUGGAGCCAGAUGUGAGACAGAAGCUCUCUAGCAUGGAGCCAGACGUGAGACAGAAGCUCUCUAGCAUGGAACCCGACAAGAGACAGAAGCUCUCUAGCAUGAAGCCAGACAUGAGACAGAAGCUCUCUAGCACGGAGCCAGACAUGAGACAGAAGCUCUCUAGCACAGAGCCAGACAUGAGACAGAAGCUAUCUAGCAUGGAGCCAGACGUGAGACAGAAGCUCUCUAGCAUGGAGCCAGAAGUGAGACAGAAGCUCUCUAGCAUGGAGCCAGACGUGAGACAGAAGCUCUCUAGCAUGGAGCCAGAUGUGAGACAGAAGCUCUCUAGCAUGGAGCCAGACGUGAGACAGAAGCUCUCUAGCAUGGAGCCAGACGUGAGACAGAAGCUCUCUAGCAUGGAGCCAGACGUGAGACAGAAGCUCUCUAGCAUGGAGCCAGACGUGAGACAGAAGUUUCUAGCAUGGAGCCAGACGUGA